ACGGGUCUCUAGCCAACGAUCCGCUGAAGGAUGGACUCGACCACCUCGUCACGUGCUCGGUCGAAAUAUACCGCGGAUACAGCUGUGCCAACCUUUCGAGGCGAAAGUUUCGAUCCCUUUGAUACAAGUCCAUUGCGUCGUGAAUUUCAUCUGCAACAUUGUCCUCUACCAAAUUGUUUGCCUCGUUGGCAUUGUCGUCAUCGAAUACGGUACUAUCAUCGUCGUCAUAUCCAAUGCUGGUGGUGGUGGUGCUCCUGCUGUUGUUCCUGUCGCCAUUAGUUUCUUCGUUUUGGCUUUCGGCCGUUUCGUUUCGUGUCAGCAAAGGUGUGCGUAUCUUGUCAGCAGGACAAGCACUAGACACGCAACCGACAUCGGCACGGCACACCGGGCACUUUGUCACGUCCCCUCUUCCCGAUGCCACCCACUCUUCGUAACAGGUUUUGUCAAAGACGUGACCACAUCGCAGCAACUGGAUAGGGCGACCAUCGGAUCCAAUGUGCUCCGAUCGAAAAUCCUCGAGGCAAAUCGGGCAGCUCGUUGCCGGGCRGUAGGUUCCCCGCAACGCCUCGGCUCGAGCCCGAUCGAUUUCCGACAACCUAGUUGCAGCCGCGGCGUAGUCUCGCUGGUCUCGGCGUGUUUUCCACCUAUUCAGUGCCCCCCAUCCAAACACAAAGAAUGCCCAUGUCAGGACAAUCGCGUUCUUGCUUAUCCAAUCAAAUACGCAUUCGAAGACCGAGGGCUCUUCCCCUUUCUCGAGGACUUCUGCGAUCGCAUCGAUGCCGUGCAUCAAUCCCUUUUCGUAUUCGGCCCGUUUCAGAUCUGGUCUCAUCUCGUUGCGAAUGAUCCGAUCGAUUCGACCGUUUGUCAAAAUAUGCCUUAGUGCRCCACCGGUGGAUACAAAAACAACGCGRUCGCGAACACUGAGGAAUACAAGGACACCGGUGCCACCACCGCCGCCAUUGUUCUCUCCACCAUCGUUUGUGUCGGGUAUUUCGUAACCGAUGCCCCAUCUGUCGUGUAGGCUCAUUGCAGAUUCUCUCGCAUAUUUCUCAACCAAGGUAUCAUACUCGUCGUCGUCAAGAUUUCUCGGAAUGCCAAGUUCUUCCACUAUGGCAACCGCGAUUUGGACGGGAAAUCCAUCGACGUCGCAAUCUGRAUCGCUUUGACCUUUGACGCUCGCGUCUUUACCGGUGUUUUGACACCCUGUCGACGUMAUUUGUCCCGUUCUUGACACGACGAAGCGGGACGAGUAGAAAAGGAGUUUUUCUGCGAUGUUGUGCUUUGCUUCUCGGGUUAGGAUCGCGCUUGGAUCACUGACGCCAUCGUUCGGUGGCGGAAUGCUCUGGAGUCUUUCCCGAAUAUUCUGCUGCACGGGAGAYAAGUGAGUCUUGCUCCCCGUAUCAGCCAGUGUUCCCCUUGCCCUCGGUAGCAGCAACAACAAUGUAGUGAAAGUGUGAAGUAUUACCUUCUUCAUCGUGCUUGUGGAAAUAAAAUUUGCUUUGUCGA